CGGGAUGAUGACGUCCCGAGCGCGCCGGCGUUUCUAAAGUACGACCUGGUCCGGUCCACGUUGGCUGAGUGAGGGUCUCCCGGCGACCGAGGCGGCUUUCGUGGACGGAGAGGGUCCGAAGCACCUAUGGGACUGGGACCACGCUCCGCCCAUAAGGCAGGGAGCCGGUUCCCAGCUGGCGGCAAACGAGGGCUCGGUGCCAAGGGGUCUGGGCGGCCCGGAGCAGGCCGCCAGCGGCACCCGUGCCCGCCCUCGGACCGGCACUCGGAGGCGGCUCUGGCUGCACAGCCUCACCUGAGUCCCGAAGCUCUGGGCUAUUUCCGCCGGGCCCUAUCCGCCCUGAAAGAGGCUCCGGAGACCGGAGAAGAACGAGAGUUGAUGGUGCACAAUGUUUUGAAGGAAGUGGAGGCUCAGACCCUAGCCUUGGCCACAAACAGGACUGGCAGUGAGAUACUGCAGGAGCUGUUGGGGUUCAGUCCUCUGAAACCGCUGUGUCGAGUAUGGGCUGCACUGUGCUCCAACUUGCGCUUGGUGGCCUGUCAUCGAUGUGCCGUCCAUGUAUUGCAAAGUGCUUUGCUACAGCUGCCUCGAUUGCUGGGGAGCCUUGCAGAGGAGGAGCAGGAGGAUGGGAAGGAUGGUCCCUUGGAGAACCUGGAGGAUCUGGUCCUGGGACUAGCCUCUGAGGUGUGUGAUGAUUUUCUUUUCUACUGUGGAGACACACAUGGCACCUUCCUGGUCCGAACUCUGCUGCAGGUGUUAGGAGGGACUGUUCUGGAGUCUCAGAGAGCCAAGCACCAUGGCUCUCAGUCACCCGAAGCCCAAAGGGCCCCAGCUCGGGAAUGUAAACCAACUGAUUUUGAAGUCCCUGACACCUUCUUGAAUCGUCUUCAGGAUCUAAGCUCUUGCUUUCUGAAGGACAUUGCUGUAUUUAUCACCGACAAGAUCUCCAGCUUCUGCCUUCAAGUGGCCUUACAGGUCUUAUACCGCAAACUGCCCCAGUUUUGUGUCCACCUCUGCAAUGCUGUGAUUGGCUACCUGAGUAGCCGCAAUUCCUCAGCAGAUGGCAGUCCACUACUGCUAUUUCUGCGGGACCGGACGAGCUCCAGACUCCUGGAGCAGGUGCUGCUCGUGUUGGAGCCUCCAAGGCUCCAGAGCCUGUUUGAAGAUCACUUCCACGGGCAGCUGCAGACCCUGGCUGCACAUCCCAUUGCCAACUUCCCUCUUCAGCGUUUACUGGAUGCUGUCACUACCCCUGAGCUACUGUCCCCUGUGUUUGAGGAGCUGAGCCCUGCCUUGGAAACUGUUCUGGCCCGGGGUCGCCCAGGGGUAGUCAUUGCCCUGGUGGGAGCCUGCCGCAGAGUUGGGGCCCUCCAAGCCCAGGUCCUGCAGCUGUUGUUGGAGGCAUUCCACUGUGCAGAGCCUUCCUCCCGGCAAGUAGCCUGUGUGCCUCUCUUUGCCACUUUGAUGACUUACGAGGUGUACUAUGGACUGAUGCAGGAGGAGGAGGCAGUGCCUGCGGAGCACCAGAUGGAAAUGGCCAAAGCCAAGGCCCUCGGGGAAGUGACAGUCCUUGGGUCUCUGCUGCUCCAACAUCUGCUACACUUCUCUAACCCUAGUCUUGUACUUCGAAGUCUGGGUGCUUUGACAGGACCACAGCUUCUGACUCUGGCCCAAAACCCUGCUGGUUCCCAUGUGCUUGAUGCCGUCUUGACCAGCACCUCUGUGACGUGCAGACAGCGCCGCCGUGUGCUGAAGACCCUAAAAGGACAAUAUGUGGCUCUGGCCUGUAGUCGCCAUGGCAGCCGUGUGCUAGAUGCCAUUUGGAGUGGAGCAGCCCUGGGGGCCCGGAAGGAAAUUGCUGCUGAGUUGGGGGAGCGGAAUCAGGAGCUGAUAAGAGACCCUUUUGGCCAUCAUGUGGCUCGAAACGUGGCCCUGGCUACUUUCCUGCAGCGGCGAGAGGCUUGGGAACAGCAGCAGGGGCCAGUGGCCAAGCGGAGGCGGGCUUUGAACUCAAUACUUGAAGGCUGAGGCCCUUGGAUCUGGACUUGUGUGUUGACAGGGGAGCGGGAAAAGGGAGUAUCUAUUGGGUUCCCUUCCUAGUUUAAGUUGGAGUCAUAAGUGUCAGUGGCAAACAUUUUAAUAUUUUUAUUGGAAA